CGCUCGCGCUCUCGAUCCUCCUCUCCCCCCUCCGCGCCUGCGGCUCCGCCUCGCACGCGCUGCAGUGCCACGCCCUCCUCCUCACCUCCGGCCACCUCGCCGCCUCCCCGCUCCGCCUCUCCAACCUCCUCCUCCUCGCCCUCGCGUCCGCCAACGCCGCGGCCCACGCCGACGCCGUCUUCGCCCGCCUCCCGGGGGCCGCCUCCGGCCACGCCUUCCCCUGGAACACCCUCAUCCGCCUCCACGCCCCCUCGAGCCCCCGCAGGGCCCUCGCCUACUUCGCGCGCAUGCGCCGUGGCGCGGUGGACCCCGACGCCUACACCUUCCCCGCCGUGCUCAAGGCGUGCGGCUGCGCGGUCGGGCUGCUGGUGCACGCCGAGGCCGUGAGGAGGGGUCUGGAUCGCGACCUGUUCACGAGGAACGCGCUGAUCAGCUUCUACUGCAGGGCCGGCGACUGCCGCUCCGGGCGGAGGGUGUUCGAUGACGGCGUGCUGGACCUCGUUUCGUGGAACUCUAUGGUGGCGGGGUACGUUGGGUGCGGCGAGGUGGAGCUGGCGCAGGAACUGUUCGACGAAAUGCCGCGUAGGGACGCGUUCUCCUGGGCCGCCAUGAUUGAUGCCUACGGGAAGCGGUCUGGAGGUGUGGACCGUGCGCGCGAGCUGUUUGAUCAAAUGCCUGACAGGGAUCUGGUGUGCUGGAAUUCGAUGAUCGAUGGAUAUGCUAGGCAGGGGAGGAUGGACGAGGCGAGGGUGCUAUUUGAUGAGAUUCCUGAGAGGAAUGUGAUCUCGUGGAGCAUUGUUGUAGACGGGUAUGUCAGGUGUGGCGAGCCUUCUGAGGCUUUGGAACUUUUCCAAAGGAUGCUGAGGUGCGGUAUCAGACCUGAUAGGGUCGCUGCAGUUGGGGCUGUCACGGCAUGCGCACAGCUGGGAGCUCUGGAGCAAGGCAGGUGGCUGCACUCUUACUUGGAGAAGAAGAAGAUUUUGUUCGAUGUUGUGGUGAAGACAGCUCUGAUAGAUAUGUACAUGAAAUGUGGGCGCUUGGAUCUCGCCAUGCUGAUAUUUGAAAGCAUGCCUGACAAGACCGUGGUUACUUGGAAUGUGAUGAUUGUUGGACUUGGAACUCAUAGUUGCGGACUUGAUGCUGUCAAGCUUUUCUGCCAAAUGGAGUCUGAAGGAGCACCAAUGGAUGAUCUUAGUGUGCUUGCCGUGCUGACUGCAUGCACACAUGCUGGGUUGAUCUCAGAGGGUUUACAGAUAUUUCAUAGAAUGAAGACGGAUUUUGGGAUAGAUCCAAAGGUUGAACAUUAUGGUGCAUUGGUUGAUCUCCUUGGCCGGGCUGGACAUUUGGAUCAGGCUAGGCAUGCCAUAGAGACAAUGCCCAUGGAGCCAACUCCAGAAUUGUGGGGAUCUCUGCUUGCUGCCUGCCGAAGUCAUAGGUGCGUCGAGCUGGCUGAGCUGUCGGUUGAGCGCCUAGCAAGUCUUGGAGCAGACGACUCGGGAGUCUAUGUUCUUCUGUCCAAUAUCUAUGCUGAUGAAGGAAUGUGGGAUGGUGUCUCGAGGAUUAGGAGAUUGAUGAGUGCGGAAGGGAUGAAGAAGGACAUUGGAAGGAGUGUGAUUGAGGCGGAUGGACAAAUACACGAGUUUGUGAAUGGAGGCAGUUCACAUCCUGAUAAGGAUGAAAUUUACAUGAUGCUGUGGAAUUUAUCUAACAUGGUAGCAUCUGCUUGAUUUCUCUGUUGCACCGAAAUUGUGUUGAAUCCCUUGGUGUGAUGCCUGUUAGUUGAUUGAACAUUCUCGGCAUGAAAUGCUACAAUGCUGGAUGGAGCUCUUGAAAACUCAGUGUCCCAGGGUUUCUUUAUGAAGCUGCUUGUCAUGACAAACAUUUGCAAAUGAAAACAAAGUGUUUGGUUGGAGCUGUGUCUUAUUUCCCAGAGGACUUUGGAGAUAUCAACAUGAUCAAAAAUUGCACCUGGUAGUUAAUUACACUGUUGGAAGAGCUACCUCCCAAGUUCUAUUGAUAUAGCAGCCAAAUGGGUGCUUAGUUACUUGCACACUGGUCCAUGCCUUGUAUUCAUUUUACUGGACUUAGUUGCAGACUGACUAAAAGGUACCAAAACGCAGAGAUCUUGAGAUCCAUGGGGUGGUGGUCCAUUUUGCUUUCAUCGACUUGCUUGCACGGAGCCAGUUUGAAUGGGUAAGGAACAGUUUGGGGCUACCAGUUGAUGAUCAUGAAGUUUUGAUAACGAUUUCAGGCUUAACCACAAGUUUGAUCUUAAUAAAAAGACAUCGAACCUCUCUUGAGUUGGUCUUUAAUAUCCUCAGAAUGAAGAAAAGUGAAACUCAGGUUGAAGGCUGGCGUCAUCGAGAUAGUAUGCAGCAAGUCCAAUUGUCAAUGUCGCUAGCUAUUUCUGUCUACUUUCUACACUAUUAUUUUAUGUUUGAAUGAAAAUAGAUGGAAAUUAAUCAUGUGAAAUAUAGUAGGAAUGACCAUCUAAGCAUAGAAGUGCAAAGAACAACCAUGUUCUCUUUACGUGAAUUAUUUGGCUUCAUGUCAAAUUCAUUGUUUUCCACAUUACAAAGCUGUUCUGAAUAUCCAGUUUCCUGACCAGAGAUUCUCUUGGAUGCCCAUAGGCAAAUUUCAUAACCUUAGUGAUGUCAAAAUUGGCUGGCCAUUUUUUUGAAUGCUGCCGAUCUAGAAGCAUGCUUUAGCAUAAAUUAGAAUAUAAAUAUAUAAUAGCAUUAACUAUUAUGAGCACUAUAGAGAUACGAAAGAGCUGCAACCUUCAGGCCUUGAUUCGAAGGAGCUGCAACCCAUGUGUCAUCCUAUGUUGGGUCGAAGGCAUGCAUCUCAUGUUAUACAAAACAAAACAGCUCGAGAUGGAUCCUACUGCUUACUUCCAUGUGAAUAUUUUUGCAGGACCACUUCAUAGGAGACCUCUUCUUGUUUUCUUAAGAAAAAUGCUGACCUGCUUCUACCGCUAGAGUAGCACUAGGGCCACUGUGCGGCAGCUUUUUAUUCCUCUCGCCAUACGAACCCUCUUCUGUAAUGUCACUCUCAGGAUACAACUGGAUUGAUCUUCUUUUUUCUCAUUGUCUUUUUAGGAGAUCUACAUGCUGGUCCUGAAGCCAUUUGAAGCUACAGUAGGAGCAAAUGUACAGGUGGUGACGUUGUUACAUGGAAAGAGGGAUGGCACAAAAUCCCACGAGAGCUGAAGAUGCCCAGGGUAGAGACUAGAGAAGAUACUGUCAACUUCUGGUGGAACAUACGAACGUUUACAGCAUUUAUACACUGCACAGUUGGAGACCAACAGUCCAGAAGAUCAAGUCUGAAGUUCUAAGCCUAUUCAAGCAGAAGAACACAUCGGGGAGCAAGGAAGGAGGCAAGUGGCUACUGUUUCCUCUUUCUAUCAGUCUGCUUACCAAAAA